AUGGCUGACCCAGUGGCUAUAUCAGGCAUUGGGCUCAUCUCUUGCAGCCAAGGCAAGUUGUUUGCUCAUGCAAUUGAAGUAGAUGGGGCACUUCAGGCAUUUUGGGUCUCAUUUCUCUUGUUACAUCUUGGCGGCCCGAACAAUAUCACUGCCUUCUCUUUAGAGGAUAACUCGCUUUGGCAAAGGCACCUACUUAGUCCCAUCUUCCAAGUUAGUAUCACCAUUUAUGUCUUUGUGCAAGUAUUUCCUAGUGACAAGUCACUAAUGAUCCCAACGAUGCUGGUGUUUCUUUCUGGGAUCAUAAAAAAUUUGGAGAGGAUAUUGGCACUCAAUCUCUCGAGCCUCCCAAGGCUCAAGGAAUCAAUGCUCACGACUAAAGAGCUAACAUUGGGUGCAUAUUUGAAGCCUGAUGAAGAACUCAAAAAUCUAGGGUAUGUAUAUUCUAAUGAAGAAGAAAAAAAGAUUGCUGAGAGCAUUGUGGUGAAGCAUGCUUACUAUUUCUUUCAAAUCUUUAAGUUCUUCAUCAUAGAUUCCUUCUACACAAGUGAAGAACGCCUCAUAAGCUGCAAAUAUUUCAGCGAAGUUUCAGCAGUGGAUGCGUUAAGGGUGAUAUCAGUCGAACUCAAUUUUAUUUACGAGAUACUCCACACAAAAGCAUUGACAGUACGUUCCAAGUGGAGCUACAUUUUUCGCUUCAUAGCCUUCAUUGAUGUUGCCAUGGCUUUUGUCUUGUUCAAUGGCUUCAAGAAGCAUCAGCUUCCCAAACUCGAUGUGGAAAUUACUUAUAUCCUUCUUUUCGGAGGGAUUGCUCUUGAUGUGAUAAAUUUGUUCAUACUCAUUUUCUCCGAUUGGACUAUUGCUAGAAUCAUGCACUACAAAAGAGGGCCAUCUAAACUAGAUUCAUUUCUCCACGGGUUAAUAUCCACCACGGAUAACAUGAGGAAGCCUCAAUUUGCCACAUGUAAAGCAAAGCCUAACACCAAUGCUACGUACACGGUCUUACAUACACCAUUCAUAUUUCGGAGGUGGUCAGAAUCCAUCUGUACCUGCAAUGUUUUUUUUGCAUUCUUGAAGGAGAAUCAGACAAAGAUGCCCCACUGUGAUCAACACUGGGGGAUUAUGGCCGUUCGUAAUAUCUAUAGUUUUCCAUUCUCUACGGCUGAGAAGAUCAUCUCUUGUUUCCAUCAAAUUACAGGGAAAGUCAUCGAUACGAAUUUAUCAAUCUAUUCGGCGUUUCCCAGGUACGUGUUCAAAAAUCCCUUAAUUAAGAAACUAUGGAUUUUUAUCUUCGAAGAGAUGAGACAUAAAUCCGAAAAUGCGGAUAAUCCGAAAGGGGCAAGGAAGAUAUUUGAGGCUAGAGGCGAUCUAUAUCUCCAAGUUAACCAGCCUAAUGUGGUGUCUGUUGUGGCGAGCUUUGCCAAGAAGACAUUAUUAAAGUCAAUUGGCGAUUUACUGGAAUUCGGUGGAGAUGCCAAGGGUGUGGAGCAGCUAUGCGAGAAAUUGUAUAAUGAUCCUAUCGAAGCCCUUAAAUUGGAAUCCCCGCUUCGCCAGGGGAUCGUAUUGGCCCGCAAGAUGGAAAGAUUAAGGGAUAUGAAGUGGGAGGUGAUGAGCGGAGUGUGGGUUGAGAUACUGUCAUAUGCAGCGGGUCAUAUUAAGGGAGAGGCACAUGUGCUAGUGUUGAGUAAAGGUGGAGAGCUUCUUGCCUUUGUUUGGCUGUUGAUGGCUCAUUUCGGUUGUCUCUAUAAACCUGAAUGGGACUCCUACGGGAAAUCUAUGUUUGGGAUAGACGACUAUGAUAACGGAGAUGUUAGUACGGUGGAAGGAGAACUCGUCUAA